UUUCCUGCAAUAGAAAGUGAGAGAGAAGGUGAAGGGAGAAAAUACAGCGCUGUAACCCCCCCCUCACCUCCUCCUUACGCCAAAAGGUGUGUUACAACCCGGCACCUAUGAACCCUGCGGAUCAGGAGUGCACUCUUCUCGAGGUCCGACUUUCCCCAAGAUGCAACCCGUGAACUGAGGGCGGAAAGAUGCCGCGCACCAAACAGAACAACCCGAAAAACCUAAAAGAUAAAAUCGAGGAGGCACAGAAAGAGCUCAAAGACCCCAAAGGCUCACAGAAAGGGAUAUCGGAAAGCAGUAGAAGAAAUGCAGAUAACAUAAAAGGCCUGAAGCGAAAAAAGGUUGUCACAGAGAAUCGGCUUGAAAAAAUUCCGAAAUCACCGCUGAAGGACCCCCUGAAGUUGAAAACAUCUGAGACUGUGCUCCACAAAGCAGCAUCCAAGGAAACUACACUUUCUUCCUGCUGCUCCUCCUCCAACAGUCCUUCCCACAAUCCUUCAACAUCACCCAGUGAGGAAGGAGACUCCCAAUAUGGCCAACCAGUUGCGACAUCCCCUCACAAGGGGCCACCUUCCACCGACGCUGAAAGGUUGAAGCAGGACGAAACCACUUCUAGGCGACCGUCACUUGAGCCCGUCGCUGGUGAAGAGGGCUCAGUGAUUGAAGCGUCUCAGUCUAAAGACAGCACGAGCAGAGACCCCAGCUUUGAGGGGGAUCCUUACCAAAGCCGUGCUCCACUUGAUGUUCUGCUCAAGGCGAUGGAGCCUGACUUUAGCACACUGGCCGAGAGGAAAAACUCCUCGCAGGUCGCAGCCAUUGCGAAACCAGCUUCCACCCUUAAUGCUCCAUCUAGUUGUGAACUAACAACAAUGUCAGCUGUCAAUAUUGGUCUCCACAACCAACCUUCCCACAUGCAGACGUAUUAUAUCGACAAGCAAGGGAACUUUAUUGGUAUUGCAGCACCACUACAGGGAAAUGUCCACACAUCUAUGCAGGGUACGCACAUGCAGUCCUCUCCACUUACUACACCACAUUAUAUGCCAGAAAAGCCUAGCUUGCACAUGAGCUUAAAUACCGGACCAUCAACCAUAACCCAUGCACCUGUUCCCUUGGGCUCUAAUACUUUGCCACAAAGCCAACCACCAGUUGUGCAGACAUGCCAGUCCCUCUCAGCAAGUGUUCCAAGCACCGUCCAGGUCCCAGUUACACCUUGCAGCAACCAGGUUCAGAUGACCCCUGUAAUGACUUUUGGCAUUGAUCAGAUUUCAAAGGAUCAAAAGCCUAAGAAGCCUGGAAAGUAUGUUUGUGAAUACUGCAGUCGGGCAUGUGCAAAACCCAGUGUGCUGCUUAAACACAUCAGGUCACACACAGGAGAAAGACCAUACCCCUGUAUAACCUGUGGCUUCUCGUUCAAAACCAAGAGCAACUUGUACAAGCAUAAGAAAUCACAUGCUCAUGCUAUAAAACUGGGGCUCAUUGCUCGAUCGGAAUCUGGAGGCGGCUCCCUCUCUCAAGAGUCUGACAAAGCCCUGGGAACACAUUCAGAGGACAGUGGAGACAGUGACGAGGAUGGUAGCACUGCAGAUCUGGACCCCGACUCAUCACAGAGUAGUGUGGCAGCUAUGUCUGAAAAUAGUUCACAGAGUGUAGGUACAACCCAAGCAAGCCACGGGGAGGCUGACUCGUCAGCUGUGUUUGAGUCAAUUAAACCGGCCCCAGGUCAGAGGGCGUAUGAGCCCAAAGUGACAGCUGCACUUCCAAAAGUUGUUGUAUACCCAGUUAACGUCUCCCCCCUAAGGGCAGAUAGCCCGAGAGUUACAUGUGCAGCACCUGAGCAAGCGGCUGCACAACGGCAACGAGAGUUCCAGACGGCUAAUAUGAGAUCAAGCAUCACAGUCCUGUCAUCUCUUAAAGAGGUGGACGGUACAAAUCCCUCACUAGAUACUGUGAGUGAGGAUGAAGACCAACAGUGCAAGUCUCUGCUCUUGAGUGGACAUGCUCAGCUUCAGAGGCAACAAGCAACAGACUUUUCUCAACAGCAGCAGGCCAAGUGUCUACUAAGCCCUCGCAGUUUGGGAAGUACAGAUUCUGGCUAUUUCUCGCGUUCUGAAAGUGCCGACCAGGCAAUGAGUCCACCCAGCCCGUUUGUAAAGAUAACGCCACCAGUGGAUGUCGACAAUGCCAACAAGAGCACCCUUCCCAAUGUCCCUCCUAUGGUUGCCACAGUAAUGCAUGUAGCAGCUGAGCAAAGGCCGCGAGCCACAGAAGGACAGAUGCGACCUCCAUUGGAAGCCAAAGCACUCUCUCUGGAAGAACGGAUUUCAAAGUUGAUAUCUGACAAUGAGGCGGUAGUUGACAAUAAGCAGCUGGACAGUGUAAAGCCAAGGAGGACAUCUCUCUCAAGGAGAGGUAGCAUAGAUUCCCCUAAAUCAUACAUAUUUAAAGACUCCUUUCAAUUUGAUCUUAAACCAAUGGGGAGAAGAUCAAGUUCCAGCUCCGAUAUCCCCAAGUCCCCAUUUACUCCUACCGAUAAAUCAAAGCCAGUAUUUCUUCUCUCUGUACCUUCUCAAUACUCACCAAUGGAUUGUUUGCCAAUAACAAGAAGUAACUCUAUGCCUACUUCACCAGGUCCCUCUGCUCUUCCGCUAAAUGUUGCGCCCCUUCCCUACCCUCUGCGAAUUUGUCAGUCAUUUGAUGACAAAAUGAGUUCAUUUAAUGAUGAGGUAUUUUCAUCAGCCCCAUCAACACCAAAUCCAGCAUUACAUUCUCGUACCUUGGUCAGACAAGCAGCAGUGGAAGACUUUACCACAAGUGAGGGGCAUGGCCUCCCUACUGUUCGCUCAAUGGAUGAGGCCUAUCACGGUCCAUGCAGUUCCACAGAGCUGACACAAAGAAGCCGAUCUUUUGAGCACGGUCAGGACAGAAACCGAAAGCCUCAGCAGAACAAAGGGACAAUGUAUGAGUGUGAAACGUGUCGUAAUCGGUACAGAAAGUUAGAAAACUUUGAAACUCACAAGAAAUUCUAUUGCUCUGAACUUCAUGGUCCAAAAAACAAGCCAAUCCAGGUUAAAGGAACGGAUCAAGACGUUUUUCACGUUAACAUGAUGCAGCCCACAGUCCCUAGAAUAACUACUGCGUCGGGAAUACUUGAUCAACAAACAUCAAUUAGGAAGAGAAGGAAAAUGAAAAGUGUUGGAGAUGAGGACGAUCAAUCUCCUACUGACACCAUUCCACCUUGUUCUGUUAGUUUUGAGCUACCGACAGCUUUGGCAAAUCAGAAUAUUUGUCCGCAUGCCGUAAUUGUAGACAUACAACCCAAAAAUAAUCAGUCAAAGCUACCCCAGAUUCAGCUCCUAGCCAGGAGUAGUAAUACUUCAGACUCCAGACUGUCACCAAUCCGAGAGACCCAGAUUGGUACUUCUACUAAAGGAGACUUACAUAGGCAGGGCAGUGGUACUUCAGUCAUCAGACACACCAAUUCUCUCAGCAGACCAAAUUCAUUUGAAACUGAAUCCAUUGAAAGGGCCUCUCCUGUUGAUAUUUUGGAGAAGGAUCCCCUUAACCUACUCAAAACUGAUGCAAAAGCAAAUGUCUCAGCUGACAGCUACCAUGAAAAUAUGUCCAAAUCCAAGAAUGCUGACUGUGGAAAAGAAAGGAAGGAACAAUACACUGAUGGCGCAAUAGAAGCAGUUGGCGACAACACCACUCCUGUCCAUCAGUCUCGUCUAGUUCGCCAAAACAACAUCCAAGUUCCUGAGAUUCUGGUCACAGAGGAGCCUGACAGAGAACAUGAAACACAGACUACUGAGCCGUCGGAUAAGCCUGCAGAUCAGUUCAGCUGGCCUCAGAGAAGUGAGAGUUUGUCAAAGGUGCCAGCAGAGAAACUUCCGCCAAAAAAGAAAAGAAUUCGUCUUGCUCAAAUGGAUCACUCUUCAGGUGAAUCCAGUUUGGAGUCAAGCCUUUCGCGAAGCCUCAGCAGGGAAAGUAGUCUUUCUCGAUGUUCCAGUAUUUCAGCCUCUUUUGACAGAGAUGAGCCAUCUCGGUCAGAGAGUCCUUCCAGAGGGGAGUGUGUCAACAAAGUUCCAGAGCCUAAAGGUUUGCCAAUCGUGUUUAACACCCUUGGUGUGCCGGGUAUGAUGAGACGUGCUGCAUCUGAACAGAUCACUUAUACUCAACCAUCAGUGGAAAUCUCAUACGACUACCGUAGCAAGUCCUUUGACUGCGGCAACGUAUCCCCCAGCAGAUCUCUGUCACCUUCUGGCCAGCCAAAAAGUGGACAAAUCCCCCAAGUUCCCCAGGUGCCACUUAUUGAAAGAAGGCGGGGGCCAUUAGUUCCCCAAAUGUCUUUAAAGAUAGGCCCCGAGAGUCAGCAAUCUGUUCGGAAAGCUGUCAUUCCUCUAGAUAAACCUCCCGUUCCGAAUGUGAGCUCUUUAACUCAGAGUAGACCCCAGCAGAUUCACAUUGCCAAUAGGCGCAACAUGGCUCAGCCUUUCAUCCUGCACACCGGAGAAGCACCCUUGCAAAAGAACGAGCAGAGGGUGCAAAGCAUUCAUUUGGGUAGCCCUACUCAGCAGCCCCAAGUCUAUGGCCUGCCACAUCCUUGGCAUCAAACAUCAAGGGUUCAUAUAUGCCAAAAGAUGCAACCACCUCUGAGCCAGAUCUUAGUUUGUCGUGAGAAUAUCCAAAUCAAAAGAGCCAACUCUGAAGAAAAGAAAGAAAGAAGUUUAGUGCCCAAAUACCAACUGCAGUGUCCCGCUCUCAGAGCAAGCCAAACAUUUUCCUUCUCCAGCACACAGGGCACGCAGAUAGCCUUGCCAGUUUUAACAAUACCUAUUGCAAAUCCAAUUUUGACCACGUCAGACGUACUCCAAAAUGUAUGCGUUGGUCAACACAAUCAAAAGGCUUCAGAGAUUACGACACAGACCGUUGUUUUGUCAGGUGAACAGCACAGGGGCCCCUUUGAUCAGAACCAAGCAGGUGUUAUACCAUUGCCACAGAUCCUUAUCACUCAUGAGCAGAUGCAGCCUGCUCCCUCUGUGUCCAGUAAAAACGACUUUUCAUCCAAUCACAGUGUAGAGAGUGAUACUCAUGUUGUACCAACUAUGAAGAAGGACAGGCCUCAAACAGUUAGCACUCACAGCCAUACUGGUGAACAAGCACCCUCUCUUGGGUCUUCACAAUGGACACACAAACUGUCAUCCGUGACUCUCUGCCCACAGCAGGAACCCACUGCUUCAAGUAAACGGAUGCUGUCCCCUGCCAACAGCUUGGACAUCUAUAUGGAAAAGCACCAAAAACGGGCUAAGGAUGAGCAUGGCGUGGCCUGUCUAACUGACGGCAGAUCGGUCAAUUAUCUCAAUUCUAAGAUGUCAGAGGUUACCAGACAGCGGAAGCUUACACUUGUACGGCAGGUUUGCACAACUGAACCAGUGGACAGUCCCAUUGAAACUGAGGCCCCGCCUCUGCCGCAGGUUAAAACCGAUGGGGAGAACGACUCGCAGGCUACUGACGAUGUUAAGCCCAUGUCACCUGACAGUGCUGGGCUGAAUAAAGACACAAGCACUGUUAUUCAUGAGGAAGCAGGCCGGCCCCUUAAUAACACACCUAGUGGUCAGGGCACCUCCCUGCCAGCUAGUAACACUCUGAAACCGCAGGAGCAAGCAGAAGAACACAGAUGGACUGCCAAAUGUCCUAUUAGGCCCUCCAGCUUCCACGGUGGUCAGGUGAAAUUGACUACAUCCGUGUCUGUGGUUAACACCAAAGACAGCCAUCGCCUCUCUUUCCCCAGUUUGAAGACUGCCACCACUUUCACAUGGUGUUUUUUGAUGAAGAGGAAACCGCUUCAUGUUCCACAGACUGACCUGAAGACAUCGGCCUAUGCUGUCUGGACGGUCAGCCCUAACAACCAUAACCUGCUUGGGUUGCCCACCAAGGUGGUCAUGUCUCUGUUUGACUCAAAGCAGAGCUCCAAGAAAACACACUACACCUCGGCCAUACGAACGAGUGGGAAAUCGGACAUCUUGUCUUACUCAGGCAAGCUGAAAGACAUCAUGCCCAGAGUGCCAAUAACCCAGAAGUCUGUAUCACUUGAAAGCAGAAGUAAAGUGCAACCAGAAACUCAGGCCAGCUGUGAGUCGGACAAGGAUGUGGCAUCUAAAACCGAACCAAGAAGGGUCAAAAUAUUUGAUGGAGGAUACAAAUCUAAUGAGGAGUAUAUUUACGUGCGUGGGCGUGGACGAGGUAAAUACAUCUGUGAGGAAUGUGGGAUCCGCUGCAAGAAGCCAAGCAUGCUGCGCAAACACAUCCGCACCCACUCCGAUGUCCGGCCGUACCACUGCGUCCACUGCAACUUCUCCUUCAAGACCAAAGGGAAUCUGACCAAGCACAUGAAAUCCAAGGCGCACAGUAAGAAAUGCUUGGAGAUGGGGGUUCCUGAGGGUCUUAUUGAGGACCAGGAUGCAGAGGACUCAGGGGACCGGAGUCAGGUGGGCAGCGCCGACCGCCAAGAUUCAGAUGGUGACGACUCUGAUGGCCCUGAUGAUGAGGAGAACGACGACAACGAGGAAGAGGAGGAAGACAGCCAGGCAGAGUCUGGUCUGUCUACCAACCCCUCUGUCUCCGCCAGUCCUCAGCACCUCCCUUCCAGAGAGGCUGAAGUCCCUCCCAGCGCCCUGCUAGCCAAGAUGUCAAUCUGCUCGGCCUCCUUACCUCUCUCGCGGCCUCCGGCCUGCGAAUCCCACGGAGCAGAUUACCAAUCUGUCCCCAUAAUGAGCCCUGUGUCCCUGAGCAAGCAGAUAUUCAUCUCUGGGUCCUGCUGCAGCUCAGUGCUCCUCCCUGACUCUGUUCUGCCCGUUGCCACAACAUCGGACUCUUACACCUCGGACACAGAGUCGGUGCACAUGAUGAGCCCGGUGUCUCCGUGCAGGCAGAUGUCCAUCGACUACCCUGACUUUGAUGUGCCCCCUAGUCCUCCAGUGCCAGGCAAGGGCUCCAAGCUGGGCCAGGACACCUCCUAUGCACCUCCUGCUGUGGCAACCAGCGAAUUGAGCGUACCCGUGGACCGCAGCACCCAGACUUCCUCUUAUGCUUCUCAAGGCCUCGUGCACUUUCCCCCCCACGGUCUAUCCCAAACCCCAGGAACAGAGACCCAGUCGCACCUAUUCAGUCACCUGCCCCUGCACUCCCAGCAGCCGUCUCGCUCCUCUUACAGCAUGGUGCCGGUUGGGGGAAUCCAGCUGGUGCCCGCUGGCCUGGCAGCUUACUCCACCUUUUUACCGAUCCAGGCCGGCCCCGUCCAGCUCACCAUCCCGGCAGUCAGCGUCAUUCACCGGAACACAAGCCCGUUGCCAGCCCCCAACACUCCUCCCCAUCCUCCGCAAACCCGGCCCCUUGUGGUCCAGGAACCAAUCAGCAGUGUUCUGCCUUGCUUCCCUUUAGGGCAGGUCACUGGCCUGCAAGCUCAAACAAUACAUCCAGUCGGCCUGGAGACACUAAAACUCAUGGGGCUCACAAACGCAGGCCUGGCGUCCACCCAGCUGCUGCCCCAGCAAGGGCUCACCCUGGGGCUGCAGGUGCUAGCUGCCAACGCCACCUCGCAAAGCAGCACCGGCCCCCAGACGCACGUGCCAGGUCUGCAGAUAGUUAACAUCGCGCUGCCCGCCAUCAUUCCCUCUCUCAGCCCUCUGCCGGCCCUCAGUCCGCUCCCCGCGUCGGCGGAGAGGCGAGGCAGCCCCGAAGCUCCGGGAGCUCAGAGUGAACAGUGGCUCGGUUCUUUGCGGAGCUGCAUGCCCGCUCCGUCGCCCGCCCCGGUCAGCAGCUGUCCAGAAGUGCUGUCGGGGAGCAGAGCUUCCGCCGCAGGUAGCGGCGGCCGAGGGGAGCUCACGCGCUCUGUUGAGGGUCAAGAAAGGGGUACGUCUCCACGGCAGAAUCGAUCGCCGGCCCCUGAGAGAAGAGCAGACCAGGCGCAGAAGUCGCCAGCGGAGGCAGCUCGUGAUCCGGCGCCUCACAGAGCACCGGCAGCGAGCAGCUGGCAGAGCGUGAAUGAUGACUAUAACGAGGUAUCCAGCGAUGAUGAAGACAGACUGGUCAUUGCCACAUGAAAACCCCCACGCGCAAAGCUCUUGUUCUCUUUUUGUAAUUCUUGUCACUUUGUAAGACUGAAAACACUUUCCCGGGGGUUUGUCUCGUUGCAAAUCACCUUUCAAAGCACAGAUGCUGACAUUCAUAUUGUAUGUGCAAUCAUAACAUUAUAAUAAUGACCAAUCGUUUUUAUUUGUACUUUUUUUUUGUCAGCUCCAGACAAUUUCUUUUUUGUAUAUGUUGUAUAGACAAUUGUGCCUUUUAUGGAGUCUCUUGUUUAGGAACCUGUACAUAAUUCCUUAUGGAUUCAGUAGUUGCUUGUGUUUAUUUCAAAAAAUAGAAAAAGUGGAGGAUAUUGAUUUGAGGAUUUGUCAUUCUUCGUAAAUUUAUGGAAUUAUAAAUGUUGUACUGGUAUAUGUACAUUUCUAUGGAUUAUUGGGCAAUAUUUCUGUGUUCAGAUGUUGUGUUCAACUAUUUAUUACAAUCCAUCUAGUGCCCAUUAUGAUUCAGUCCAUAGGUAUGUGUAUUAUAGUAGCUUUACAUUGCUGUAUUAAUAUUCUUAACUGUAUCAGUAAAAAAAUUGUUUACAAACAAA